AUGGCAUCUACACCGUCGGUACCGGCACACCUGAACUUCAUAACGGGCAACAAGAACAAGCUCGCAGAAGUCCAAGCCAUCCUUGCUGGCGUCAUUGAACUCCGAAACCAGAAUGUCGACCUCGUCGAAGUCCAAGGCACCGUGGAAGAAAUCCAAGGGCCCGUUCUAGUGGAAGAUACAUGUCUCGUCUUCAACGCCAUGAACGGCCUCCCAGGGCCGUACAUCAAAUGGUUCAUGCUUUCACUCGGCGCCAAGAACUUGCACAAGAUGCUUUCCGGUUUUGACGACAAAUCCGCGCAAGCAAUUUGCACUUUUGGUUACUGCGAGGGCCCAGGCCACGAGCCCGUCUUAUUCCAAGGACGCACUGAUGGCACGUUGGUGGAGAGUCGGGGAUCUACUGCUUUUGCUAACGAUGCGUGCGUCUCUGUAGGCUGGGACUCAUGUUUUGAGUACAAUGGGCAGACGUAUGCUGAGAUGGAGAAGAGCGAGAAGAAUAAGAUAAGUCAUCGAGCAAAGGCGCUGGACAAGUUGAAGGAGUGGUUGGCGAAAAAGGUUGAGUCGUAA